ACCAGACUCUGAUCAACAAGUGGCAAGUGGAAAGUAGAACGUCCUGCAGCUCGGUGAAGUGUUCGGUUUCUGAAAAGUUCUCUAAAAGUUUCCAACAGAAAAUUUCGAAAGAAAAUUAUAACUGACGUCGGACAAUUUGCGUGCAGCUUGCGAAAUAAAAUUUAUUGAAAAAUGUGGUACAGCAAGUGCAGUUGGACUUUGGUAGUGUUGGUGGCGCUCUUUGCUCUCGUGACAGGUUCCUGCCUGGAAUACGGACAUUCCUGUUGGGGAGCUCAUGGCAAGCGAUCCGGUGGGAAGGCGGUCAUAGAUGCUAAGCAGCAGCCCUUGCCAAGUUCAUAUGCGUUGGAUAGCGUGGUGGAACAACUGUACAACAACCACAACAACCAGGACAACCAGAACCAGAACAACAACCAGAACCAGAACAACCAGGAUGAUGACAGCAACAACAACAACGAUGACGACAGCAAUGACAUCACGAACACGAAUAGUGCCAACAACUUGCCCUUGGCAGCUCCAGCCAUUCUAAAGUCGGAGGAUCGGCGAAUCGGUGGCCUCAAGUGGGCGCAGCUGAUGCGGCAGCACCGCUACCAAUUGCGCCAGUUGCAGGAUCAGCAGCCGCAGCAGCAGGGGCGUGGCAGGGGCAGGGGCAGGCAGUACGAUGCGGCAGCCGAGAGUUGGCGGAAGUUGCAGCAGGCACUGCAGGCUCAGAUCGAUGCCGACAAUGAGAACUCGGGCUACGAGCUCACGAAGUGAACUUUGCGAACCCAAUUGCCAAAUUGAAAUUAUGCAGAUAACACGCUAGCU